ACGAAGUACUCACAAUUAUCACACGCCUCCAAACAUGAUCACGCUGUAUCUGUUGCUCGCCAUACCACUGGCUCUGUACGGGGUUUACCUCGUAUCAAAACGAAAAUUCCGGUACUGGGAACAGAAGAAAGUGCCACACCUACCACCGAAACCAAUUCUGGGUAAUUUCUCCGAAUACAUUCUCCAGCAGAAAUACUAUGGACAUGUGGAACAGGAAAUCUGCGACAAGUUCCCUGAAGAACCUUAUGUUGGCUCUUACUUUGGCACGGAACCGGCCCUCAUCGUACAAGAUCCUGAAUUCAUCAAGACUGUCAUGACAAAGGACUACUAUUUCUUCAGUGGCCGUGAAGCUUCUGCAUACAGUAAAAAUGAACCGUUAACGCAAAACCUUUUCUUCACUUAUGGUGACAGGUGGAAGGUACUGCGUCAGAAUCUUACGCCUUUGUUCUCAUCCGCCAAGAUGAAGAACAUGUUCCACUUGAUCGAGAAAUGUGCCCGUAUCUUUGAGAACAUGAUCGAUCAUGAUGUACAGAAAUAUAAAGAUAUUGAAGUCCGAACCCUGACAGCAAAGUUCACUAUGGAUGCCAUUGGAAAUUGUGCUUUUGGAGUUGAGACCUGGACCAUGGUAAAGACUGAAAAUAAUCCAUUCACAAAAAUUGGUGAUGUUAUCUUCGAUACUGCCAGGCUGAGAGCAUUAAAGGUUGUGAUGAGAAGUAUUUGGCCAGCCAUUUUUUAUGGUUGUGGAGGUAAAUCACUCCCCGCUGACGUUGAUAACUUUUUCUACAAUCUGAUGACUGGUAUUUUCAAAGGACGCAACUACAAGCCGACACCAAGGAACGACUUUGUUGACCUCCUAUUAAAGUUCUACAAUAAUAAAACGGUGACUGGAGAUAGUAUGAAAAACAUGAAGGGUGAUUCAGAAGAGAAAGUUACUUUAAAAGUGGACGAUGAAUUUUUGAUUGGACAAUGUUUCCUGUUCUUUGCUGCCGGGUAUGAGACGUCAGCAACUACAAUGAGUUACACUUUAUAUGAGUUGGCAAAGAAUCCGAAAGCUCAAGAGUUAGCGAUUCAAGAUGUGGAUAAUUACUUACGUCGCAAUGAUAACGUCUUGAAGUACGAGUGUGUUACCGAGUUGCCUUACGUGGAAGCUUGUGUUGAUGAGGCUCUCCGUCUAUACCCACUGCUGGGAGUCCUGACUCGGGAGGUCAUUGAGGACUAUACAUUCUCGACAGGAUUGAAAUUGGAAAAAGGACUCCGCGUACAUUUACCGGUGUACCACAUGCAACACAACCCUAAACACUUCCCGGAACCAGAACAAUAUCGACCGGAGCGGUUCCUGGGUGAGGAGAAGAAUAACAUCACGCCGUACACAUACUUCCCAUUCGGCGAAGGACCUCGACUAUGUAUCGGAAUGAGGUUCGCAAAGAUGCAGAUAACAGCAGGAAUUAUAACGAUACUCAAGAAAUAUCGCGUCGAACUUGCACCGGGAAUGAGCGAGAAACUACAGUUCGAACCGCGGUCUAUAAUCACUGCACCUAUUGGAGGUAUCAGACUGAAAUUCAUUGAAAGAGAAGGAUGGCAACAACGAGUGUUUAAGGCGCCAAGUGAAGCUUAAGCUAUAAUUAAGUAAGGCCAAUAUGUCAUAGGCCUAAGUGUGAAUAAAAUGGUGUACUAAGACAAGUACAUAAGAACUCUGUUCAUGUCAAUAUACGGCUCGGCUGAAUAACGUAACUGUUUGACUAGUUUAAAGCUACUAAAGCCAAAUUGGUUAGAUGUAGUAAAGUGCACGCCUGAUUAUGAGCCCCUGGCGAGCUCGAAAUUAGUCCAGUUAACUCGUCGAGUUGUUACGUGAGUAAGCUUUAGUAUGUUUUUCUACCUCUAUAAUCAUUACUUCAUUACAUACCAGAAAAUAUGAUAAUAAAAAAGCAUUAUAAAAAUAUAGUGAUUGAAACAUUGUGAUAUUGAAACGUUAUUUUUAAGUUGUAUAAUUGUAUAUUGGUAGUUUUUUAUAUUGUUUUUGUUGUGACAC